AUUGAAAUUGGAGUCUCCUCAGUUCCGUGACGUCAAAAAUGGCGUCGGGUGAUCGGAAAUCCCCAGAGAAAACGACUCAGCCGUUGUCACCACCGACGCCGAUCGAGCAGAAAAAUGGAACUCCGACGAAGCGUGUGUUGGUCACUUCCCUUUUAGCAGGUGUUAUUGGAGGAGGAGUUGGUUUAGUGUCCAAACACCGGAAAGCUCAUCCCAAUAUUCCUACUGUUUACGCUACUAAUUGUGCUAUUGUCGCCGGUUGCUAUUGCGGAGCUCGUGAAUUUGUGAGAAUAACUCGAAGAACAGAGCAUGAUGAUUUGAUGAACUCAGCUAUUGGAGGACUUUUCAGUGGUGCAUUGCUUGGACGACUUCAAGGAGGUCCUCAGGGUGCAAUUCGCUACUCACUAGUUUUUGCAGCUGUGGGCACAGCAUUUGAUUAUGCUACCCUAAAAGCAAAACCAAUGUUAGAGAGCUACCGUAACAUGGAGUCAUUCAAGUUACCUGAAUGGUCUCCUAUUAAAAUCCUCGACGAAGAAGCUUUAGCAAAGAAGAAAGCUCAAGAAGAGAAAAUAUUCCCGGAAAGAGUCCUUGGCAAAUUGAACAAGGAACAGUCUUGACCAACUUAGAUUACUUAUUUCUUUUGCCCCCAUAAUAUUUCUGAAGUUGGGAUUUUUGUUUGUGGGUUUGCUGUUUCGUGAAAGUAAUUCCAAACCUUUUAGAUGAGACUUGAGGAAGAUUUUUUUUGUUUUGUUUUGAGUUUCCUCAGAAAACCUCUUAGUUGUAUUCUGACCUACCAAUAAGCGUAUAGAGAUAUAUUUCAUGGUUGCUUAUGGGCAUACCUACAAA